GAAGUGGUCGUGGAGGCGAAAAGGACUAAACCCGCUUGCCUUUGCAGGAUAUUGAAGUUAUUGUCAUCUUUUUGUUUGUUCCCUUCUCACUCGGGGUGUAAGACAGUGUUGUAAGACAAAGCCGGUCUCUGCGGUUGCUCAUCUUAUAGUCCCCCCGUAUGGACGAUGAGGAGGAUGAUGUGUUCGAGCCGGAUCACCUGUGCUGGCGCACACCAUUCAGGGAGAUAAAGUGUGAAGACAAGGGCACGCAGACACCUGGCCCGACCCCGGUACCCAACAACGGCAUGCUUCCCUGUGGAGUCGCAGAGGAGCCCAGACCACUUUUUUACGGUAACGCAGGUUUUCGAUUGCACUUCCCAGCCCUCUUUGAGCUCGCUGGGGAUUUUGAAGCGAGGCGGCGAAACAGCGCGGAGGAGCUAAACGGGAUGGAACGGCUGCCCCGACAGCAGCCCGUGGCGCGCAGUGUAGAGGCUUGCAUCGGACAGAAACUCCAGCUGAUAGGAGACCAGUUUCACCGGGAACACCUACAACUGUGUGCUAUGGAGGCAAGUGGCAUGGAGGAUGCCUGGUGUCAAAACAACACAACUGUGGUCAGGGUGACAGUGCCCGCAGAAUUGGUGCGCCGCUUCUGCUCGGUUGUGUUGCUCAGCCGCGGCAUACUGUAUUCUUUAGCUUUAAGUACCAUCAAAACCAAAGGGACCGGGGGCCGCUGUGGUGGCGCUUGGCGACAACUCUUCUCAACCUUCUUUUUGAUAGAAGGUUCAACGCUGGAGGAGGUGCUGCAGGAUGGAGGUGAGGCGGUCGUCCUCCCCUUCCAUCCUUCGCCUUCUUCUCUGGAAGGAACUGACUUCCGAAUGGCACUGUCAAAUCUAACACGGGUCUGUUUGGAAAAGGAAAGAAAGGAGACUAAAAGGUCGCCGCGGGACGGAGACAACUCAACUUUUAUACAAGGUCGUGUGGUUUUUCUUUCCAAGAAGAUGCCAUGAUACUGCGAGAUUCCUCUAAAGGACAAUGUUCAUACUUUGGCAUACGUGUGGUGUAUUAGUUUUGUACAGUUACUUGUUCUUGUAAACAUUUUUGCACUUCGACUUGUAUCCUUGUAAAAUGACCUCCACAGACCCUGGGAAUGCCUUAUUUAGUGUUUUCUGCCAGAAGGAGUAUUGACUUUUUUUGACAGGGAAGAUGAGAUGGUGAGGAAAUGAAAGGUGAUGUGGUAGGACUGUUUCUUUUUCUUUCUUUUUUUUUUUAAAGUCAACCAGAAGACCAGUCAAGUUGAUUUACUUCCAAAGAGGCAACUUCAUAGAACAACACAUUUUGCACCUCACCUCAAUGGAAAAUGUAUCUUUUCCUAUAUAUAUGGAUUUGAUUUUACUUUAUGCUUUUUUUCUUUCUCUUUAUUUUUCUUGGUUUGUUAUUAACUUCGAUCCUUCGUUUUUCAGAAUAUUGGAAACAAUGUAAAAAGCUCUGCACAAGUAAAAGUUGGCCCACUGUAAAAUAUGAUCUAAACAUCUAUGAAUAUGUGCAGCCGUUCCAAGCAGGUCUGCCUCCACUCAUGUGCUACACGUCAAAAACCUUUGCGAGACUUAGAAGUAUUGGGGUGGAAUUUGUAGUAAUGCAUGCCACUGUCGGGUCAAACAAGGCCGCCGACUCCCAGCAAACCUUUGCACUAACAAAACAAGAACUGCACUUAGAUUUUACAUGAACCGACAAGACCGUUGAGCAACAAACAAUUUGGUAAUGGAUAACUGUACACUCAUUUAUCAAUAAAAGCUCUAGUGUCACUCGAUUAUUAGGACAAAUCAAUUUGGUUAACAUGUUUUGUUCGCUCUGAACCAGUCCGACUGCCUCAAUAUAAGAUUAUGUGGCCAGUUAGCUCUUGUUUUAACAACAGGGAUUGAAUUGUUGCCAUCCUAAUCGUCCAAAGGUCUUCGUCGUCGUGCUGUGCAGCUGUCAUCUCUUGUUAGUCUAACGGUUUAACUAAUGGCUGUAUGUGGGCAGCUAAAUGAUGUCUUAGAUGUACAUUUAUAUUAAAAUCACGGGGACUGACUUUUAAACGCAUAUAAAGGACUAUUGGAAGUCCAGCACCAUGCACUAAAUUAGAGCAAACAAAUCAAGCACACUGUUGGAGCGAUUUUCCCCUCAAAACAACCGGCCAAGUCCACCAUUAUUUAGAGUGUAAUUUAACCGGGCGUUCAGUUUUGGGUUUUCCCUUGUUCCCCGUGUCUGAUGUCAGACUGUCCUCGGUUUUAGAUGUGUUCUUCUCUUGUGAUUGUUUUCAGACCUCCAUGCCCUUGAAGUGGAGCUGUGGAUCCACUGUUUUUGCACUAGACAUCCACCCUUGAAGAGUUCAGAUUGUCACCAAACUAACCUCUGUCUUGUAUGAAGGUUUUCAGUUCUUGCCAACUCAUUUCACAAUGUAUUCAAUCACGUUUUCAAAAAAACACACAAUCAGUGUUGAGGCUUGGGCGAUCACGUUUUGGAGUCCUGAUUGGAUGUUGCUUCUGGAAAUGUGACGUAGCCGCGCUCCGGAGACGGAGCCACGUCUCUGCGUAGAAAGGUUUCCCACUUUCCCUAUCCUGUCAUCAGAAAAUAUGGCGUUGUCAAUCUGUGAACAUCCUCCUCUCAGGUAACCAUUGUGGGAGUUUACAUCAUUUGAUAGUCAAUGGGAUGAUCUUAUACUGUUUUUUCUUUAGUGCUAAGAUUCAGUUUUGGGACAUUUUGGCAAAAAAACAAAGAAACAAAAAAAAAAAAACUUCACCAGUGACUUAGCAGACAAACAAAAGUGAAUACAACUGUCAUUUUUUUUCUUUGGAAAACUGAAUAUGUUUGAAAACACUGUUGAAAAUGCUGUUUAUUGUUUUAUUUUCCUUGCUGAACCCAGCCUAUCUUUUGGACCCAAGGAGCAGUACACAUCAGGGAGUCUGUAAUUACUCGCUCCUUACAAUAUGUUGAAUUCAUCACUGCGUAAUUAGAGUUUUUUCUCAUUUGUUCUCAAGAUGUCUCAGGGACGGACUUUGUGGGCUACUGGUAACCUUGAGAAUCCGUCACACGGUCAGAAGAAGGGUCACGUUUUCGCCCGUCUAUUUAAGAUGAAACCUUGCGCAUUAUUGCCAUUUCAAUUAGAGGUUCCACUCAGAAAAUUUGUCACGACACGCAUAACGGUACAGUUGGACCCACGAGUCUGAGGCCGACUUGCAGGCUGUGGUGGCGACGGGGGGCUACUGAGUAUGAAGUCAGAGGCGCGAGGUACACUGAAUGAGGUUGUGGUAAUAGUUUCCUGCGGAUCCUGAACGCUGAGCCAGUCUCUGUAGCACCUCGUCUCCACGUUUGGUUCUUGACGUCCUCUUUGUGCUGCUCCUUCAUUAACGUAGUUUUUGUUCACCUGUUCGUUUUCUUUGUAAUUUAUUUUUUCCUUUUUUUCUAUUUAUUUUUUUUGGUAUUUGUACCCGUUUUCUACUGUAUACACUCGUGUGUGCAAUCAGUUUCCUGUUUCUGUUUUGGUCUUGCGUUUGCACAGGGUUCAGCUGUUUGAGUCUGUGCAGAGCAGGUUGCCAGUCGUGCCUGGCGUCGCUUCCUUAUAAUGCUUCACGCAAACUCUUUUUAAAAAAAAAUUUAAUUUGUUACUCAUACAUCACCACCCACAGAAGGAUUUUGUGUGAACUAAUUUUAGUGACGGCUCAUUUCACUGACGAAGCAUUUCACUGCAAACUGCACGUUUUACUCGAAGUCUCCAAGCGUGUGGCUAUUGGAACGAUACAGCUGCCAAUGAUAACUACAGCUGCUGCUCUUCACCAAGAGAAGAAACUACAACCCACCUUUCAAGCCCACAGAUGUAUUUCAGUGAAAAGUCAAUGAUUUUCCAUUGACGGUCCAAAGUAGUUCAGAUUCUUUUCAUUAUCUCCACACCUGACUUUGGGGAACAAAACAAAACAAAAAAGAAACAGAGAAACAGACCCAGUAAGGUUGUCUCCACAAAUGUUAGUUUGUUCUCAUUUCUCUUCUUAAUCAUUGUGUUGUAAUCAGUAUGCACUGGAAAGUACUUUGCUCCUGUAAAUCCUAUAGGUCUAUUAUCUGUUGUGUGUUAAUGUAUAGUAGAUACUCUGGAUUGUUCUCUUGGACUAAUCAUGUGCUUUGACCAAGUAGGUUCAGGUAUGAUGGUCUGUUGAUUUAUUGGAAAAGGGAAACAAGCCACCGCGGUGCCCUUUAUCAUUUUCUUAGCGUGAGGUUCCCUAAACGCACACAUGGCUGUGUAUUUUAUGGAAACCAUCAGUGUGUUGAAUUUUGUAGUCCACUUGAUAUAAAUUUGAAGUUGCCUUUUCUUUUUGACAAAGGUUUAGAUUUUUUUUUUUAAUGAUAACAUUUCUUGUUCAUGGACUUUUUAAAACUUUGUAAAUGGUAUUUUCUUAAGAGAAAGUCUGAAGGUCUGUUUUUCUAAGGAAUAUUUGACAUGAUCAGGAUCAUUUUCAGGUCCAUGAGAUUGAUCACGUUUUUUUUUUAUUAUUACUGAAAUGGAAACAUUCCUUGCACAUCGUACCAUCAUGUAUACCACAGACCCGGCGAGCCCAAUUAAUUCAUGGGUUGGUUCACGAGGCUCUUUAGUUUGUAGCGACUAAAUACUAGCCCUUCUUUACGAAACCGAUAAAGUGUACAUGUAUUUCUAAAAAAAUCCCGGAAUAUGCCUUUAACUGCUCAGUUUUAAUGAAGUCUUGAUUAUCACACACUCUCUGUAUACCAAGAAAUGAGACCCAGCGAAAAUGUAGCAUUUUUGUAAACAUUGACUGUGUGUUUUCGAGACUCUACUGUGCACUCUUUUUUUUUGUGUUUAUAUAUAUUUUUUGGUUGUUGAUACAAUAUGGAAGUAAAAACCAUUUGUUAUGUAGUGCAAUAUGCUGUACAUAUGGAGCUUUGCUCUACAAAUCCUUUUUUUUCUGGAUUUCUUUUUGUUUAU